UUCGGUCCCAGUCUCUUCUUCUUUUUCGCUUUACAUUUCUCUCUCAUCCAACCCAACAAAUUUUUUUAACCCAAACGGCAAAACAAACCCAAAACGCGAACCAGAAGCAAGAAAAACUCUUUUUGUCUCUAUUUUUUUUUGGGGCGUCGUCAAAUCUUGGUCGUCCGAUCGAUACAUUUCUCAAAGUUUUGGAACCCCCAAAACAAUGGUACGAGCGUUACAUCGGAACUCGCCGACUUCGAACUCGGAAACUCGCCGACUCGGAUAAUGGAACUCACCGAUUCAAGCAGCGACGAACUCAGAGACAACCCUAAGCUCGGCGCUACCACCACUGCCGGCGACGCCGAGCCGACUCGUUCCUUCCUCGGCAUCGAUCUUAAUGAGAUCCCUUCCCCGACUGAAACCCUGCCUCUUGAUUCCAUUGACGUUGUAAGGUCUUACCACGACAACCCUUCGCCGCCUCCCGGCGGUCCCGCCGCUGUUCCGGCAGCUGCUCUAGGCUCUUAUUGCGCCGUAUGUGGCAAGCCUGAGGGUCGCGACUACGUCGUCGUGUGUGACGCCUGCGAGCGUGGGUUCCAUCUUGGCUGCGCUAGAAUGCGGGGCCCUCUGGUUUCGAUUAUGGAGGAGUGGGUCUGUAGGGAGUGUGAGUGUAGUGGAGUGAAGAGUAAGCGUUGGCCUCUCGGGAAGUCUAAGCGGAUUUUGGAUAUGAAUGCAUCGCCGCCUAGCGAUGGCGACGGAGAUGCCGAGGGAACUGAGGACGUGCUGGAUUCGAGAAAGCAUACUCUUGGUGGUAAUUCUUUUGGCGGCAAUCCAUUUGAUGCCCCAGUGACAUAUUCAAACUUUUUGUGCACGGGAAAUGGAUUUGGCUUCCAAAAGGCUCCUGGGCUUCUUACACACACGGUUAAAGUGGGGUUUGAAGAUUUAUUGCAUCGUACAAAUGCUAUGGGAAAAAGCUUUGAGGAAGUAGAUUUGAGUUUUCCAUUUGGAAGGUGUAGGAGUAGUAAUAAUUCAGGUAAUAAAUUAUCAUCUCCAAGUACAAGUGAUAUUUUUUUGCAGGCACUUAGGGAUUUUGUUUCUGAAAAGCAUGGUGAAUUAGAGGAAGGUUGGCGUGUGGAACUUAAGCAAUCUAUAGGUAGUUGUGAAUUUUAUGCAGUUUAUUGUGCCCCAGAUGGGAAGACAUUCGACUCAGUUUAUGAAGUUGCUUGCUACCUUGGCUUGAUGUCCAAGUACAGUUCUAAGGAACCAGAAAGAAGAAUUGAGGGUGGUUUUUCUAUAUCUGAAAAAACUAAUCUACCUAGAAAAAGAAAGGCAAGAAGAUUUGCAAUGACCAAUGGAUUUUCCGAAAAUAAGGAAACUUCCGUUGGUGGUUGUAAGGAUCUUCCAUGCAAUGGUCCAAGUAUGGAAGUUCGUUCAAUUACUUUCGACAAUAAUGCACAAUUUAUGGAGGCUGGAGCAGGUGAAAUUGGUCGCUUGGAGUCUGAGAAAAACAAUGAGGGACUUCCUGUACAAUUUGAAGAUUUUUUCCUUCUUUCUACGGGAAAAGUUGACAUGAGACCUUCUUAUCAUGAUGCUAGAUUUCUCUGGCCUGUAGGGUUUAAGUCUUGUUGGCAUGAUAAGAUUACUGGUUCCCUUUUUGUAUGUGAAAUAUUGGAUGGUGGUGAAGGUGGACCUGUUUUUAAGGUUAAAAGGUUUUCCUGCUCGGCUGUACCUGUGCCAUAUUGUUCAACUGUCCUCUUUAGACAAAGCUCUGGGCAGUUUAUGAGUCCCAUGGAUGAUGAAAGUGAUGAGAUGACUUGUGAUAAUAUCGACAGUAUUCGAAUGAUUCUUUCAGAUCCUUGCCCGCCUAUGGAAAAUGAUAUCGUGUCUUGUCUUGGAAAUUGUUCCAAUGGUGGUAGUGAUUUUCAAACAUCUACCAAAUUGCAGCAAGAAGCUUGUUGUUCCACCCAUGAAAAUUCUGAAAAUGGUUUAUCAUGUGAGAUGGGUUCGAUAGAUGAAAUUGGUGAGUUCUCAGCAGAAAAAAAAUCAUUAUCUUUGGCAUGGAGAAUGAUUUCACAAAAAAUUGUUAAUGCUUGUACUGAAAUCUUCAAACAGAAGGGCACAUUUAGAUUUUUCUGCAAGCAUGUUGUAAAAGAUGGUGACAUCCCCAAUUAUUUAAUGAAGAAUGAAACAAGCAAAGGGAACUUCUCUUCAUUAGACAAAUUCUCUAGUUCACAAGGUUGUUUUGACAUCCCAUUUGUAAUUCAUGCUGAUAAAGAGAUUGACUCUCUUAAUGAUAUAGUGGAAAAAUGGCUGGAUCAAGAUAGAUUUGGAUUAGAUGUGGAUUUUGUGCAAGAGAUUUUAGAACAGCUUCCUGGGGUACAAACCUGUUCACAAUAUCAAAUGCUUAGUGAGAGAAGUUCUCAUUCUUCAUCAAUAACAAUUGGGAAUGGGCUUCUGGUUCCCAAUAUGAGAGGUGGUUUAGAAUGUAAGGAAAAGGGUACUUUGAAUGGUUUAUUUAGAAGAUCAAAGAAAGCCAAGUUGGUUGAAAGUGAUAUGAUGGAUAAUCAUUGUCGUCCUCCUGGGAAGCAGUUGUGCUCAAAGGUUCCUAAAGAACUUGUUGGUGAUGUUUAUCAGGUUUGGGAAUUGUUAUGGCGUUUUUAUGAUAUUUUGGGUUUGGAUGAGCCUUUGUCUCUGGAAGAACUUGAGGAAGAGCUUAGUAACCCUUGGUUUGAUAACUCAGAACUUUUAGAGAAGUUUGAGCAGGAGAUUCGUGGCAGUCAAGAUUUAAAUUCUAAGAGAACUGACACUGAUUGUACUGAUGCCCCUGCCUUUAUUCAAAUGGAAACAGGAGCAAUGAAGGAAGCAGCUCAGCGUAAACUUGCAUCAAUGACAUACAGUAGAUGUUCUGGUGUGGCUUUAACAAAAGCCCACAAUUCACUGCUCAGACUACUAGUGGGUGAGCUGCAGUUCAAAGUUGCAGCACUUGUAGAUCCAAAUUUUGAUUCUGGAGAGUCUAGAUCAAAAAGGGGAAGGAAGAAAGAUGUUGAUAGCUCACUUUUUGUCAAAAGGACCAAGCUUAACAUACUUCCAAUAAAUGAACUGACUUGGCCAGAAUUAGCUCAUAGAUACAUCUUGGCUGUCUUAUCCAUGGAUGGUAACCUUGACUCUGCUGAGAUCACUGCACGUGAAAGUGGUAAGGUGUUUAGAUGUUUGCAAGGUGAUGGUGGGGUGCUUUGUGGCUCUCUUACUGGUGUGGCUGGGAUGGAAGCAGAUGCACUGUUGCUUGCUGAGGCCUCAAAACAAAUUUUUGGUUCGAUGGACAGAGACAAUGAUGUUCUUACUUUUGAGGAUGAUGAGCCUGAUGCAGCUGGUGCUUCUGAAAAAAAUUUGCCGAAUGACGGCAAUACCCCAGAGUGGGCAAAGGUCCUAGAGCCUGUCAGAAAGCUCCCCACAAAUGUGGGAACAAGAAUCAGAAAGUGUGUUUACGAGGCUUUGGCCAAGGAUCCACCAGAAUGGGCAAAGAAAAUAUUGGAACACUCCAUCAGUAAGGAAGUCUAUAAAGGCAAUGCAUCAGGACCAACAAAGAAAGCUGUUCUUUCAGUUUUAGCAGAUAUAUGUGGCGGUGAAGGAUUGCCACCAAAACCUGAUAAACGGAAAAAGAGGAAAACUGUCAUCUCUAUAUCUGAUGCUGUCAUGAAACAAUGCCGUAUUGUAUUACGUCGUGCUGCUGCUGCAGAUGAUUCAAAAGUCUUCUGCAAUUUGCUGGGAAGAAAGCUGAUAAACUCUACUGAUAAUGAUGAUGAGGGACUUUUGGGAUUGCCAGCAAUGGUAUCUAGGCCAUUGGACUUUAGGACUAUUGAUUUGAGAUUGGCUGCUGGGGCUUAUGGAAGCUCACAUGAAGCUUUUCUUGAAGAUGUUAGGGAGUUAUGGAGUAAUGUACGUAAUGCUUUUGGGGAUCAGCCUGAUUUGACUGAAUUGGCUGAUACAUUGUCGCAAAAUUUUGAGUCCUUGUAUGAUAAGGAGGUUGUUUCCCUUGUUAAUAAAUUUGCGGAGUUUGCUAAGUUGGACUGCUUGAACGCUGAAAGAAGGAAGGAAAUAGAUGAUUUACUUUCAUCCACUAGUUUGAUUCCCAAGGCCCCUUGGGACGAGGGCGUCUGCAAAGUAUGUGGCAUUGAUAGAGAUGAUGACAGUGUCCUGUUGUGUGAUACUUGUGAUGCUGAGUAUCAUACUUACUGUUUGAAUCCUCCUCUUGCAAGAAUCCCAGAAGGAAAUUGGUAUUGUCCUUCCUGUGUGGGUAAACGGGUGGUUCAAGAUGUGCCAGAAAAUAUCCAGGUGAUUAGGCAACGGUCAGGUAAAAAAUAUCAGGGAGAAGUUACCCGUGUUUAUUUGGAGGCACUCACACUAUUGGCUUCCAAAAUGGAAGAAAAAGAGUAUUGGGAAUUCACUGUGGAUGAGAGGACCUUCAUGUUGAAGUUUUUAUGUGAUGAGCUGCUUAACUCAGCCAUUAUUCGUCAACACCUUGAGCAGUGUGCUGAGACAUCAACUGAGUUGCAGCAGAAACUGCGUUCUCUGUUUGUGGAGUGGAAAAAUCUCAAGUCCAGGGAAGAAACCUUAGUUGCAAGAGCUGCGAAGCUUGAUCCUAAUAUACUCAACUCCCAUGGAGCAGUUGAUAUAAAGGAUUCAUCUCCUGCUAACCACAGCAAACCUCAACUGCAAGCUCUGGGUGAAAGGUCAUCAGCAGAUGAUCUGCCAGCAGUAGCUGGUGACCAAGAAGCAGUUGGGAAAAGUUGUUCUGAUAGACGCUCAUCUGCCACUGAGUCCGAGAAUAAUUGCCGAGAUAUUUCAGAUAAUGAAUUUCAUUUAAAAGAGGCCAAUGCUUCUGCUGGGGAGAGCAAUACGAUCACCCAUAUGGAUUCACAGAAAAAUGAGAAACCAUUUGGGUUAAAUGACUUGCCUGCAUCCAAUUCUUUGCCACAUGAAGUUGAUGGAUCCAGCAGAGAACUCUGUUCAACGAGUAAUCAACAAGGAUUAAUCAGAACUAGCUCUAGCCACCAGCCUUUAGAUCAGCAUGGACAUUCAGAUGCGAGGGGCACUAGUGUAGUUCAACAUGUUUCCCCUGUUGUUGUGAAUGAGUUACAGGCCUACCAAGCUGAGUUGAACUCUGUUAAGAGCGAUAUUUCACUUUUGCAGGGUUCAAUCACUAGUGUGGAAUUAGAACUUUUAAAGGUAUCUGUGCGGAGGGAGUUUUUGGGUAGUGAUUCUGUGGGUUGCUUGUACUGGGCUUCUGGCACACCAACUGGACAUGCACAGAUUAUUGUUGAUGGAAGUGUGGCAUUGCAGAAUGGGAGAAAGAUGAACUGUCUUCGAGGAAAAGUUGGUAAUAGUUCAGCUUUUCAGUGUUCUAUUCAGCCAGUAGUGAAUAAUGAUAUUCCUUCAGAGGGAUCAAAAGAUUUCUAUCCUUACCAAUGCCAACGAAAUAAUGGUGUUGUUUCACCUUCACCUUGGGUUUCUUAUAAAACUGAUGAGGAAAUCAAUGAGCUCAUUAAUUGCUUAAAGAAUAAUGAUACUAAGGAAAAAGAGCUGAAAGAGAGUAUUUUGCACUGGCAAAAGCUGAGGUUCCAAGAAUUUGAGAAGGGUCAGUUUGAUCUUGCAGCUUUCUCAGCGACCACAAAUGAGAAGGCUUUAUUUUCUGACUAUCUUGUAACAAAAGCUUCCUGUUGGAUGGAGAAAAGAUAUGGUCCAUUUGUUGAGUUGGAAAGUGCUGAUGUCUUGAAAAAACGAGGGAAAAGGGCUAGGUUAAGCAAUGAUGAUAAGAUGUAUCGUUGUGAAUGCUUAGAAAUCAUUUGGCCUCGUAGACCCCAUUGCCUCUCUUGUCACCGAACCUUUCUUAAUGAUAACGACCUUGAAGGGCAUAAUGAAGGUAGGUGUAAUUCUGCUGUUCUAGCCCAUGAGAAGGGUAAGGAGCCAACUGAUGCUGCAAAAGUUAAAGCCACUCUAAAAUCUGUGAGUAGCCGUGAAGAUCGCACAGGGGAAAUGAGCAGGGCUGGAAUUCCAAAAACUGUUUUUUCUGAGCUUAGUGCUAAGUUGAUUAAGUUUCAGGAUGAAGGAUUUGCAUGCCCAUAUGACUUUGAGGAGAUUUGUUCCAAAUUUGUUACACAAGACUCUUGCAAGAAUGCAAUACAGGAAAUAGGUCUUCUUGGUUCAAAGGGGGUUCCUUCUUUUGUCCCAUCAAUGUCUCCUUAUCUCACUGAUGUCUCCCUUGCUUUAAUGUCUUAUAAAGAUGUGGGUUUACAAGGUGAUGGGUCUGAGACUGCAGAAAGGCUGUAUUCCCUAGGAAAUGCUAAUGCAACUGUUUCUGGUCAUGACAGUCUAUCUGACAGAUCUCCUAAGAUAUCAGCAGAAAUUAAUGUGGUUGUGAAAUCUCAGAAACCAGGCUUGGGAUGUCUAGAACAAAGAGACAGGGUACACUCUUCUGGUAGUCAUUCCCCAGUCAAUGGGGUCACUCGCUGUUGUGUGGUUCCCCAGUCUUCUCUGAGGCCAUUGGUGGGUAAAGUUUCUCAUAUUUUAAGGCGACUCAAGAUGAAUCUUCUUGACAUGGAUGCUGCUCUGCCUGAAGAAGCUUUAAGACCAUCAAAGUCGAAUUUGGGAAGGAGAUGGGCAUGGCGUGCAUUCGUGAAAUCUGCAACAACAAUAUAUGAGAUGGUUCAAGCAACAAUUGUGUUGGAAGAUAUGAUUAAGACAGAGUACCUAAGAAAUGAAUGGUGGUAUUGGUCCUCAUUUUCUGCUGCUGCUAAAACUUCCACGAUAUCUGCUCUUGCCCUGCGAAUAUACUCCCUCGAUGCCGCUAUAGUAUAUGAGAAGGUUUUAUCCGACUCGGAUCCAACUGAUCAUUUAGAGCCUGUUACCGUGUCUGAACCAAAGCUUCUGGCUACAUUGGAUACAACAGAAAGAACCAAGAUAACCAGAAGAUCUAACAAGAAGAGGAAGGAACCAGAGGGUUGAUUUUUACAUUAAAAUCCAGAUGGAGUUCAUCUGGGUGGGUGGCUUAAAGGCAGCAUUUGGCAGUGUUACAGAAAUGGAAAAUAAUUGUCAAGCCACACACGACAUCAUUGAAUCAUAAACGCCCCCACGGGACAAGCUUGAUUGCAUGAAGUAACUGCUGCUGCUGAUGUUGAAUCAUGUUCGUGUACAUAGAGGUAAAGCUGACAUGCUAACUUGACGGCCGGAUUUGGAAGCAGAGAUUAAUAUUAUUAUCUGCUUGGAGUGUUGGGAGCGGCACGGAAAAAUUCCGAUAUGUGUAUGCAGAUGAAUCCAAUUUUGGAUUGAUUUCUGCUUUCCAUAAUUGUUUGCUUGGAAAGAGAGAGAUGCAAUGGAAUGAUAGCAAGGAUCCAUAUACAUAUACGGAGUACUGUAAAAAAGUAAAGAAAAAGAAAAAAGUAAAAGUAAAAGGGAAGUAUCGAAGCUGAUCAGGUUUAGGCAAUAUUUCAUUCUUUAUACAUCAUCACUCCCCCUCUCUCAUUCUCUUACUAGGCAUAGUUGUAUUUUUUUCCCAAGUGCCUGAUUAAAGGGAAGGUUGAGAGGUUAUGCUGCUCCAUCUCUCUGAGAUAUCUGUAACUGGCAUGCAAGAGUUUUAUGGAACUGAUUCAUGCCCCUCUGAAUCUUUUAUCGUUAAUUGGGUUUCUAACAAUGGUUUUGACUAGUCUAGGUGUGUUGUCUUUGUUGGUAAAUACCGACUUGAUCUUCAAGUCCAAUGGGCGAAGGAAUUCUAUGCUCAAAAGUAUUUUUUGAGUGUAGACUGUUCCCACUUGUAACAAAUGUAACAGCUAGAAAUUCUUGUUUUAUAGGUCAAUAGUUACAAUCUUUAAGUUUUGUUUUCAGAGUAGAUUUUAACGACUUGUACUGAGAUUUCUAGUGGGUAUUUCUUAACAUAGAGAGAUUUUUUUUUGGUUC